CUGUCGUAGGUGGGUUUGGUUGGAGGUGGCAUUCAUGGAUGCGCCUGGAAAAAAGGCCCAAAAGUUUACAUUGGGCUUUUUCUAGAUUUUGCGCGACAACCUGGCCCGGUGGUGUUUAUCUACCAAAGUAGCCCGUGGAACUGUAGAUAUGGGGCACGGCGUCCCUCCGGCCCGCGCCCCGUGGUCAUUUCGGCGUUAACGCCGCCGCAGCGCCGAGUCCUACGGCUCCCCGCCCCGCAAGGCCGCAACCGCAGUCCGCAGACGGCCUAGGUCGAGAGGAGGGCGAUUCCAUUCGACCACAUCCUAGGAGGCCAGGAGAGACCGGCGGCAACCUGCCUGCGCGCUAGUCUGACAGCGCGCGAGGCGGCGAUAACCCGCCGCGGCGGUGGCGUCGCACGAGCUGCCGCCUCGUUCUGGCGGGACGGCUGGUUGUCUCCUGUUCAGCCAGCAAACGGCGUGCCUCGCCGCAGAGAGCUUACGUGCUCCUCUCCCCCACGCCGCCGUCGGCGUGUUGUACCGCCCCUCCAUCUCCCCCGCCGCCGCCGCCGCCGUACAGAGCUUCGAGCACCUCGGCCACACCACUCCCUCCCACCGCCGCCGCAGAUAUCUCCUGCCCGCGGUGCCGGGAUGGAGAACGACAUCACCGCCGCCGAGAUCUUCGGCGUGGUCGGGAUGGAGAACGACAUCGCCGCCGCCGAGUUCUCCGGCAUGGUCGGGAUGGAGGACACUGCUGCUACGCCGGUGUGCCACGGCUCGGCUUGUCCGGUUGUCUGCCACAGCGAAGAACCUGGAGGAUCAAAGGAUUCGCAAGAUAAGCAACUAACUAGUGAACCAUCAAAAGAAAUUGUUUGGGGUGCUUUACAAUUUGAGGACAGGUGGAAGGAGGAAGGGAUGCAAUUAAUUGCCUGUGAAGAUUCUAUAUAUGCUCAACUUGGUUUGGUAGAAGAGGAUGAGAGGGAGAUGAGAGAAAAGGACCAAGCUUGUUAUGCAGGGGUUGGAACUAGGAUUUCUAAUGAGCUUGAUGAUGAUGGCGCCACCAUGCCAUGUGAGGAUUCUUUACCACAAGAGAGGAGGAUAUUAUAUGACCAAGAUAAUCCUGUUAUGGAGCCUGGCAGCUUAUACCCAUCAAUGAAGGAAUUUAGGAUUGCAAUGAGACAAUAUGCCAUAAACAAUAAAUUUGAGUUAGGUAUUGAGGCUACUAGCACGACAAGAUAUAGAGGCUAUUGUCGUGGUUUGGAUUGUCGUUGGAGUAUAUAUGCACGAACGGAGAUGAAAGGAUCGCCAACCAUAAUCGUGGUAGUGGUGAACGAUGUCCACACUUGUACUUCUAGUGGUAGGAAGAAGACUACCACUCCUUCUAGUGCUUGGGUGGCUGCAAAAGCUCUUUCUAUCCUUAUGAAGAAACCCCAAAUGGGUGCUAAGGAGUUGCAGACUAUUUUGCAGGACAGAUUCACAUGUGCUAUUUCAUAUGACACUAUUUGGAAGGGGAAGGAGAAAGCAUUGAGAGAGUUGUUCGAGAGUUGGGAGGAGAGCUUUCAACUCUUGUUUUCCUGGAAGGAAGCAGUCUUGCAGAAGUCACCUGACAGUGUAAUAGAGAUUGACCUCCGAGUUGAAGAUGACAAACUUUUUUUCAGCAAGUUCUUCUGUGCAUUUGGUCCAUGCAUUUCUGGGUUUAAAGAAGGCUGUAGACCGUAUCUUAGUGUCGACUCUACUGCUUUAAAUGGUAUAUGGGACGGUCACUUAGCUUCUGCUACAAGUGUAGAUGGACUGAAUUGGAUGUACCCAGUGGCAUUUGGUUUUUUUAGUUCUGAAACUGAAGAGAACUGGACUUGGUUUAUGACUAAAUUGCACCAAGCAGUAGGAGAUCUUCCAGUUCUUGCUAUCUGUUCUGAUGCUUGCAAAGGUUUGACAAAUGCUGUGAAGUCAGUUUUUCCUAAUGCUGAAAAAAGAGUGUGUUUCAGGCAUCUAAUGAACAACUAUGUGAAGAGUUAUACAGGCUCAGAAUACAUGUAUCCAGCAGCUAGGGCAUACAGGAGGGAUGUGUUUGAGCAUCACAUUGGUAAUGUGAGCUGUGAUCCUGUUAUAGCCAGUUGGCUAGAUCAAUAUCAUGAUUUAUUAUGGUACCGAAGUGGUUUCAACACAGCUAUUAAGUGUGACUAUAUCACAAACAAUAUCGCUGAGUUGUUCAAUAAUUGGAUUAAGGAUUAUAAAGGUCUUCCAGUGUGUGAUCUUGCCGAUAAGAUCAGGGAAAUGAUAAUGCAUUUGUUUCACAAGAGGAGGCGGAUAAGUCAGAGGUUCCAUGGGAACAUUUUACCGUCAAUCAUACAUGUCUUGACGACGAGGACUAGAGGAAUAGGUCACUUGGAGUUUAUAAAGGGUGAUGACUAUGCUGCUGAGAUCUAUGACAAUAGUAACUACUGUGCUCCACAUGUGGUCAAAGCAUAUUUGAAAGAAUGCUCAUGUCAAGAGUGGCAACACACCGGUAAACCUUGCCAACAUGCAUUGUGCUUUAUCACUGCCCAACAGAUGAGAAAUGUCAGGAUGGAGGACUUUGUUGACCAUUAUUACUCAGUUGAGAAAUUUAGACAAGCUUAUUGUAGGAUGGUGGAGCCUCUUGAGGACAAAUCUUUUUGGCCAAAAGUGGACAUUGCAAGUGAGGUUGGUGCACCUCUUGAUAGAAGAUGUGUUGGGAGACAAAGGGAAAAUAGUAUUAAGAGUAGCCUCGAAGGUGUAAGCGGUAAGGAAGCAAGUGAAAAAGGCAAGAAAAUGAUCCGAAGGAGGUUCAAGUGUCCGAACUGUGGAGAAUUGGGGCACAGAAAAAAUAGCUCCAAAUGCCCACUAAAUGGGACAAAGAAGAGGAAAAGAGCGCCAAGGAAGAAUACAACUAAAGGUUGGUUUCCUAAAGAAGUGCCUACAUCAUCACAGGCAGCACCCAAUAUUACUCCUCCAAGUGAUGAUGUGCCUGCAUCUUCAGAGAUUGUGCUCACAAUGCCUCCUCCGCCAGGAGAGGAUGUGCUUGCGUCUUCACAGAUAGUGCAACCAAUGUCUCCUCCAAGCGAGGUUGUGCCUACAGAACCAAUCUCUCCUCCAAAAGACGCGUGAAGAAGGUUGUUCGUUAAAUUACACCUAGGAAGAGCUAGACAUAUAUGUAUUCUUAGGGUGCAUGUUAGUUAGGACAGUUAUCUGCAAAACUGCUAAUGUUAGAUUAAUGUAUGUCAGUUUAUUUGAUUGUCAGUUUGGACAGUUAACUGCAAAACUGGUAAUGUCAUCAGCUAUUGGGUGCAUUUGUCUCCAAAACUGGUAAUGUCAUCAGCUAUUGGGUGCA